AUGGUAACCAAAUACAUGACUCCAGUGAUAACAGCAAAAGGUAAUAUUACCUAUGAAAGUCACGCAUCGAACGUCGAACAAUUGCAAUUUAUCAUUGCAAAGGAAUCUAUCAAAGGGCGCGCUAAGCAUCCAAACGUAACUUUCGCCAUUCAGAUCACUCGGAAAUCAUGCAAGGCUAUAAAAUUAUGUUUCGGGAAUAAAACCAAUUUGUUCCGUCAUUUGGAUUUACUCUCGAAGGUAAAGUUUGGCGAAACAGGCUAUAAUAGGAAGUUGAGCCAGGAAGUUUUUGCACUAGUGGAGCGAUCAGCAUAUGAAGUAGAUGCAUGUUCGGGAAUGACGGUAAUCGAGUGGGAAUUCCCGAGAUUAUGGACAUGGAGCAAUACGAGCCAAGAAAAGGGAUACAUGCAUUACUCAGCUGUAUACAAAGGUGGAGUGCCAAGCAGUUAUCGUACUAAAAUGAGUGGUAUGUCAAACGUAGAAACAAUUAUCAUACAUAACGAUCUCUAUUCAAAACCACAGAAACUUGGUUUGGAAGUACGACAUGGGCCAACACUUUUCAACAACCCUGUGGAUGAAACAACACCUGCCUACACCACAUUUUAUGAAACAUUCGAUCUAUGGUCCAAAUCAAAAGAAUUAUAUUUUGUUUUAGCACAAGAUGCUAAUAAAUGCGGUGCUCGUUUUUCAGCACCAUUGACCACUCAUACAUUCAUGAAACGAGAUGUUAUUUUCAAUUUCCGUCCUGGAAUAGUAUAUCGCGUCAGAAAAGGUGUGAAUAUCUGGUCCAUGCCCCUUGGUUUCAUUGUUGGUACCUGCGUGGGAGUUUUUGGAGCUGGUUUUUUGUUGUGCCGAAAUUCCAAAAGCUAUUAUAAACGGUGGAAUGUGCAGAUGAAGAAAACAUAUGGGAAAUUCGCAACUGCCGACAUGACAACAGUGGGAGGUCAUACACAAGCAACUACAGGCGGCGGCAUAUCUCAAAUGACAGGAGCAUCACAGAUUGGCGAUACCACGAUGGGUUCUCCCAGUAAUAUUGGAGAUGUAUCGCAAGGUAAGUGAUGCGACAUUGUUCAAUUUAUCAAAUGAAGCCACUAUUCUCUGUUUAAUAUAUAAUGUUGUUAUUAAAACAAAUGAUAACUCUGGUAUAGAGAUGAAUUGGUCGCAAAUAAAUGUGUUGUCAAUAAACGACAAAUAAACUAAUGCCAUCCAUCCUUCGUUCUUUUACGCUGUUUAUUUUAAGUUUUAAUACGAAGGCUUUAAUUUAUGCCAAUUUCAAUGUACUUUAAAUUAAAUCAAAUGGUCA